AUGACCUGGGGUUAUCCUAAAGUUAGACGCGACGAAAACUUUUCUGAAUGCUUGCAUGGUCAUAAAAUUGCCGAUCCUUAUAGGUGGCUGGAAGAUCCUGACUCCGAAGAAACAAAGGCUUUCGUAGAUGCACAAAAUGCUUUGACUAUCAAGUAUCUGGAAUCAUAUCCUUACAGAGAAAAAUAUCGUGAAUCGUUAACCAAAAUGGUUGAUUAUGAAAAAUACGGUUGUCCAUGGAAGAAAGGGGACAACUAUUACUAUUUUUAUAAUUCUGGUUUACAACCUCAAAGUGUCUUGUAUCAAUUGAGAGGGUCUUUAGAUGCUCCACGUGAAGAAUUUUUCAAUCCUAACAAUCUUGAAGCUGACGGUACAGCUUCCUUGAAUACUUAUUCAUUUUCUAAAAAAGGGAAUUAUUUUUCAUACGGUAUCUCAAAAUCUGGAAGUGAUUGGGUUACUGUUUAUGUUAGAAAAACUAUAAAUGAUGAAGAAGGAAAGAAGCCUUUACCCGAUGUCAUUGAAUGGGUUAAGUUUAGUAGUCUCUCUUGGACAAUAGAUGAAGAAGGUUUUAUUUAUAAUAGAUAUCCCGAACCAGGAAAAAAAGAUGAUAAAGGAACCGAGACAGAUAGCAACAAGAAUGCUAUGUUGUAUUAUCAUAGAUUAGGGACUUCUCAAUCUGAAGACAUCCUUGUUUACAAGGACCCUGAAAACCCAGAAUAUAUGUUUACAGCCCAAAGCACAUUGGACGGGCAAUUUAUUGUUAUAAAGAUAGAAAAGGAUUGUGAUCCAAUAAACAAACUUUACUUGAUUGAUUUAAAAAAAACUAAUUAUCAAAUUAUUGAGAAUAACGAUUUUAUCAAACUUGUUGAUAACUUUGAUGCCGAAUAUUCCUUUAUUGCAAGCGAUGAUACAACGUUUUAUUUCAAGACAAAUGCAAAUGCACCUCGUUAUAAAAUUGUUAAAUAUGACCUAUCCAAUUGUGAACAGGGAUUUGUUGAUAUUGUUAAAGAACAUCCAACAGAUGUUCUUUCUGAUGCGGCAGUAUUGGCAGAAAAUAAACUCGUUUUAACAUAUAUGCAUGAUGUUAAAGAUAGAUUGUAUAUAUAUGAAUAUUCUACUGGAAAAUUUCUUAGAGAAUUACCUCUUGAUAUUGGUUCUAUAGAAACUCUUACAGGCCGUAGAGAAGAUCAUGAAUGCUUUUUUAAAUUUGUUAGUUUUUUAAACCCUGGAAUAAUUUACCGGUAUGAUUUUACAAAUGACCUUUUAACAGAAUAUAGAAAAACAAAAGUCAAUGGAUUAAAUAGUGAUAACAUGGAAACAGAACAAUUUUUUGUUGAAAGUAAAGAUAAAACUAAGAUACCCGUUUUUAUCAUAAAACCUAAAAAUUUUAACUUUGACGGAAGUAAUCCCACAUUAUUAUAUGGCUAUGGAGGAUUUAAUAUAAACAUUUCACCCAUGUUUAGUACAAAUUGGUUAAGCUUUAUACAACACUUUAAUGGAGUUGUUGCUAUCGCCAAUAUUCGUGGUGGUGGAGAAUAUGGAGAAGAAUGGCACAAAGCUGGUAGUUUUGGCAAUAAGCAAAAUGUUUUUGAUGAUUUUCAGGCUGUUGCCAAGUGGUUAGUAAAUAAGAAUAUUACAUGUCCAGAAAAAUUAGCAAUUAAUGGCGCAUCCAAUGGAGGUCUUCUUAUAGGUGCAUGUAUAAAUCAGGCACCAGAGCUUUUUGGUGUAGCAGUUGCUGAUGUUGGUGUUAUGGAUAUGUUAAGAUUUCAUAAAUUUACCAUCGGACAUGCUUGGAGAAGUGAUUAUGGUGACCCUGACAAAAAAGAAGAUUUUGAAUAUAUUUACAAAUAUUCGCCUGUUCAUAAUGUUCAAACUAAGAAACCUUAUCCACCUACCUUGUUAACAACUUCAGAUCAUGAUGAUAGAGUGGUACCUUUACAUUCUUAUAAAUAUAUAUCUCAAUUGCAAUAUACUGCAGAAAAUAAUCCUCAUCCUUUAAUGAUUAGGAUAGAUACAAAGGCUGGUCAUGGAGCUGGAAAACCUACGCAAAAAAGGAUUGAUGAAUCAACUGAUAAAUUUUCUUUUAUUGCUAUGUCAAUUGACGCCAAAUGGCAUGAUUAAAUUAUUAGUUUAUUUAAAUAUUAGUAAUAUCUUAUUUUAUGUUAAUAUUUACUAUUAAUUAUAUAUAUGGUUGUAUUGAUGAGUGAAAUUAUUAAAAUAAAAUAAGAGAAGUAGGAAUUUAAGAUUAUUUAUUUGAUUAUUUUAAAUUUAAUUGCAAAAUACCUAAUGCA